GUAAUUGAGACAUUCUUCUUCUUCUUUCUCACUUGGUUUCUUCUCAACUAGGCCAGUGUUUUUCUGUUAAACGGUUGCUUCUCAAUUUUCCAUCUUCUUUAUGUGAUCAAAUUCACAAAUGAACUACUAAUUACAUCUACCUACACCUGCAAAUUUUCCCCUAAAGAAUCCCACCAUUACCAAGAAUAUCCAAAUCUAAGCUGCAAUUAACCAUAAAGCUCCAAUCUUUGUCCCAAAUGAUCCCUAAAGUUUCAAUCUUGGGAACAAUGAAGAAGCAAAAGCCCAUUUCAGAAUCCCAUUUCAAUCCCUUUGAGCUUCUCACUGAAGAAAUUGUCUUUUCAGUUCUUGAUUGUCUUAAUGACAACCCAUUUGACAAGAAAUCAUUUUCUCUUGUUUGCAAAUCCUUUUAUGCUAUUGAAUCUCACCAUAGGAAAAUCUUGAAACCCUUUAGGUCAGAAUACUUGACAAAGAUUCUUAGUAGAUACCCACAAGUUACCCAUCUGGAUCUUUCCCUUUGUCCUAGAAUUACAGAUGGUUCACUAACAGUUAUAGCUAAUUUUUGCAAGGAAAUGUUGAGGUCAAUCAAUCUUUCUAGGUCUAAAUUUUUUACCCAUGUGGGGUUGUCGAAUUUGGUGAUGAAUUGUGGGAAUUUGGUUGAAAUUGAUUUGUCAAAUGCUACUGAGUUGAAGGAUGUGGGUGCUGCUGCAUUAGCUGAGGCAAAGAACUUGGAGAGGUUGUGGUUGGUGAGGUGUAAGUCAAUAACAGAUAUUGGACUUGGGUGUAUUGCUGUUGGCUGCAGGAAGCUGAGGUUACUUAGCCUGAGAUGGUGUUUGGGUGUUGGUGAUCUUGGUGUGGGUUUGAUUGCUGUUAAAUGCAAGGAGAUUCGUAGUUUGGAUCUUUCUUACUUGCCGAUCACUAAUGAAUGCUUAUCAUCGAUCUCGAAACUGCAAUAUCUUGAAGAUUUGGUUCUAGAAGGCUGUUAUGGAAUUGAUGAUGACAGCCUUGCAUCCCUCGAGCAAGGCUGCAAGUCACUGGAGAAACUUGAUAUGUCGAGCUGUCAGAAUGUUAGUCAUGUGGGUUUGUCAUCUCUCACCAGCUGCGCUGGAUGUCUGCGGCAACUUAUAUUAUCAUAUGGUUCUCCUAUUACACCAGCUGUCGCAGAUAGCUUGCAGAAGCUUUCCAGGUUGCAGUCCGUCAAACUAGAUGGUUGCCAAGUUACAUGCUCUGGACUGAAGGCUAUUGGAAAUUGGUGUGUUUCACUUAAAGAACUGAGCUUAAGUAAAUGUUUGGGAGUGACAGAUGAAGGUCUCUGCUCCCUCGUAACAAAGCACAAAGACUUGAGGAAGCUUGACAUUACUUGUUGCCGCAAGAUAACUCAUGUAUCGAUUUCCCAUAUAACGAAUUCCUGUGCCUCGCUUACUUCUCUCAGGAUGGAGUCUUGUACUCUAGUCCCAAGAGAAGCUUUUGUUCUAAUUGGACAGCGUUGCCAGUACCUUGAAGAGCUUGACCUUACAGACAACGAAAUUGAUGAUGAAGGCUUGAAGACCAUUUCCAAGUGUGCCAACCUUUCCAGCUUAAAGCUGGGCAUCUGUCUGAACAUAACCGAUCAGGGUCUUAUCCACAUUGGCAUGUGCUGCUCAAAUCUUAAGGAGCUUGACUUAUAUAGGUCUGCUGGAAUUUCCGACUUGGGAAUAUUAGCAAUCGCUCGUGGUUGUAUUGGCCUUGAAAUGAUCAAUAUUGCCUAUUGCAAUCACAUUACUGAUGGCUCAUUCAUAUCUAUAUCAAAGUGUUCAAAGUUGAACACACUUGAAAGUCGAGGUUGUCCUCUUGUCACAUCUUUAGGUCUCGCAGCUGUUGCUGUGGGAUGUAAGCAGCUUACGACACUAGACAUCAAAAAUUGCCACAACAUUGAUGAUGCCGGAAUGAUUCCACUUGCUCACUUCUCGCCAAAUCUCAAACAGAUCAAUUUAUCCUACACUUCAGUGACGGACGUGGGGCUGUUGUCUCUUGCCAGCAUCAGCGGUCUACAGAACAUGACAAUCCUGCAUCUCAAGGGUGUAUCUCCUGGUGGACUAGGAGCUGCACUGUUGGCUUGUGGCGGACUUACUAAAGUUAAGCUGCAGACAUCAUUUAAAUCGUUGCUACCACAACCUCUUCUUCAACAUCUAGAAGCCCGGGGUUGUGUCUUUCAGUGGAGAGAGAAACCAUUUCAGGCUGAAGUAGAUCCAAUAUACUGGAAAAUUCAGCUGGACAAUUUAGAGUGAAGAUUUUAGCCAUUUAUGCGAGUGUCCUAAAAUGGAUUGUCGCCCCAGAGCCUCUGGAGUCAUUACUUCAUCUGUUAGCACUUCAUCAGGCAAGGUGCAUUGUUUGUGGUAUUUUUUCCUAUUUAGUAUCUGCAACGGUGCAACAUGUUCUCUAAAUACUCAGUCAAUUCCAAGAACAGGGAUACUCAAUGUCCAUUCAGCAUUGGCCCUGCAUCAAAUCAAUUCGAAAAAUAUGUUUAUAACUUUGAGCAGUCAAUAACUUGUUUUUAAUGCCUAUUGCUCUUUACUACUGUGAUUUCGUGUAUGGUUACUUCAAACUUGUGCUCGAUUAAACAGUUAUUUGACGCAAGUAGCUGUGAUUGUA